AUGCAGCCCAUGAAGCAUCCAGCACAAAUUGCCAGACUACUCAGAUACGCACAGAUCAACCUAAACCACUCCAGGCUUGCCACACGCGAGCUGCUUGCUCUCAUAACACAAGAAAGACUUGAUGCAAUUCUAGUCCAGGAGCCUUACUGCAUCCGCACGACUGACAACCGCUACAAGAUUCCCGGAUUGGGACAACACAUAAAACAAGCUCACGUCAACACACAAACCAGGCCACUGGCUUCGGUGAUACUCAUUAAUAGGGCCAGAGAUGCCCUGUUUCUUCCUCAAUACUCAUCACCUAACGUCUCUACAAUUAAAUUUGCCAAACAAAUCAAUGCGAUGGACCCAACACCCUAG